AUGGCGCUCGGCGAUAAGGUCUCGCAAUGGUUUGACAUUUGGAACGUAAACAACUUUGCCGAUCACGAAGAGCAUCAAGCUGAGGGGCUCCGAGACAGCGUCGCCGCCAUCCGAGAGAUCCUCACCACAGAGGCGGAGCUGCUAGGAGGCAAGUGGAACCGCAUCAUUCUGGCUGGAAUAAGUCAAGGCGCAGCAGCCGGCGUCCAUACUCUACUCAAUUUACGACUCCCACCGGGGCAAUCCAGACUCGGAGCCUUUGUCGGCUUUUCCUGCCGCAUGCCGUUCCCUGGGAGAAAUCUCAACGAUACCCGGGCAAUUCUCGGGCUUGAGGAUGUCCCAGAAGGAUGUGCGCUUCUGGAACAUACUCCCAUCUUACUAGAGCAUUGUGUUGACGACCCCCUGGUGCUGGUUGCCAAUGGCCGUAUCUUGAGGGACACCGUGGGCAGAAUCCAAACUAGGAGGCGCCCUCAGAUGCGCUUUCUUGCCGCUCUUUUGGCCGUUGCUGGCCUGGCAAUCGGGACUCCUGCCAACCUCGUCGAGAGAUCCGCGCCACCUCGGUCUUUCGACUUGAACGAUGUAAAGGGGAUGUUGGUGUCUCGCGCUGGCACAGCAGAUACAAUCUACAUCCGUAACUUCAACACCUUCAUCCCAAUGACCAGCUUCCGAAACGGACCGACUUCGGAUGGAGAGACCACCGCAGAGAAUCACUGCUUCAUGUGGGACGAAUGGGAGCUUCGCGAUGUCAAGUCAUACUGGAGUUCGUAUACGGCAGCUUCCAAGAUGCAGCAUGUUGGGCUCGUCGGCGACCCCGAGACUGUGGCGAUCCCCUGGGAGGAGAAAGUUUCCGUCAAGAGGAGGAUCAGUCUUACUCCUGACUGGAGGCCCAUUAAAUCUGUGCUAAGCAUUGCACUGGGCAUGAAUACAACGGACGAAUGGACCCAUGGGGGAACCUUCCAAUGCACGACUGCUCCCAAUAAGAGAAUUCGUCUUUGGUUCCAGAAGUAUGUCGGAUCAGCAUAUGCAUUCAAGAAGAUAUGUAGAAGUUGCGGCGGUGAAAGACCGGUGUGUGAGCAAACGUGGACGCCACAGGGCCAGAUUAUCAUUCCCUCUGAUGGCUCCGAUCCGGACCUCAACUACAACAUGCAUUGUAGCUCUGAUUAG